CGUUGACGUAAGUCACUCCCUGCUAGGGAGGUGACGUCAGAGGGCGUGUCCAAACAAAGGACAGAGGGGACUCCACAAUGGGAGACAGUUUUCAUGAGCAGCUGACAGAGGACAGCGCCUUCCUCAAAGCUGACCGGAGACUGGACACGGAGCUGGUGGACAAACUCAUCCUGCAGCUCAACAGAAUCUACCCGCAGAUCCUCACUGACAAGGAGGCCACCAAAUUCCGAAACUUGGAUGUGCCCACAAGUGUUCGACUGGGUGAGCUCCUGACACACCUGCAGGGGAAAGGAGAGGAAGCAUGCAGGGAGUUUUACAGAGCUCUUCACCUGCAUGUAGAGGAGGUGUACUACAGCUUGCCCACACGGCUCCGCCUCAGAGAUUCCUUAGAUCCUCUCAAAUAUCCACGUGUCUACCAUCAGAGAUAUGUUCUGAACGAAAGAGGUCCCGUCUUCUUUCUGGGCUGUUUCAGCGUCGCAGUGGGAAUGGCUUUACUCUAUUACUACAGUGAGGCUAAAGUGACGGGAGGUAGCCGGGCCCUCGGGAUGGCUGCACUGGGUUUGAAAAGAAAAGCUCAGGAGGUUCUUAUAUGGUACACUGAAGAAAGCCUCUUGAAGUAAGGGGUGACUCCCUCACACCAGGUGCUUCAGCAGCACUGCUCUUAUGAAUGCUACUUGUACCAAAGAACAGCACAAUAUAUUUUAUAUAUCCAAGAGUUGAAUACUAAUUUUGUACACAGUUGUAUAUAUUGUUUUUCUUGUGAUCUAAAAUGAGAAAGAUGGGGCAAAUUCAGAGCAACAUUUGGCACUUUGCUCUUAUUUCCUCAUGUGCUGAUACCUAUUUAAGUGGGUUAAGGGAUUGAAUACGCUCGAGGGAUGAUCACAGUGAAAUCAACUACAAACUGAUAAAACAAGCUUUUACAAACAAUAACUAAAUAUUAACACUUGGCGGUACAUUCUUAACUAUAUAGGAACAGCCUACAUUUCAUUACUACAAAAAGGAUAGCCUCCAAUUCAUCAGUUCAUUUUGCAGCCAUACAAUAAUUAUCCUUUAAUGCACAAAGCAACAUCCUGCAUUUUAUUUGCUUUCUUACACUUUGGUGUCAGGACUCAGGCCAGACUUAUUUUUCAACUUUUUAUUUUGGCUGACAGCAUUCCAUGUAUUUAUUUGCAGUCUGCUGAGCCAUGUAUGUUUAUUUGAGCAAUGAAUGAUUAUGUUUCCUUUUCUGCUCAGUUGCCACUGAUGUCAAGCUUACUAGGACACAUUUAAAUGUACUCCCCCAACUGAGCUAAAAACAAAGAUUACUGUCAACCGGUACCGUCCAUGGGGCCGAGCUCUUUGUAGAACAUAACCACCCUCUUGUGGCCAAGAGUGAACUACAUUACCAAACAUAGUCUGGCUUCUGUCGGUGUAAUAAGAGCUUCCCGAAAUUCUGUUGCUCACAUUUAGACAAAAAGGAGAUUAGCUAUGUGAACAGGCGGGAAUAAUGCGGAGCAGUGUCCGUAUGGUAUUACUUCAGACGAAUUCAUAGUGAGCGUUACAAUCACGUGAUUGCUUCUACCAAUGAUGCCCCGCUCUACCAGCGCAGUGCAUCAUGGGUAGAGGUACGACCAAACCAAAAUAUAAAAAUGUCGAAUGAAGAAUCGUAAUGGUGAAGCGUAAAUAUCUAUCAAUCAGUUUUAACAUACAAGAGUUGUAUUUAGUAGAUGUGAUACUUAUUAACCUGGAAAUUACACCAUAAGUGAAACCAAGUUCCGUAAGUCAGUAUAUAUAGAGUUUGGUCUUUGUGAAGGUUGUUGUGUUGUAUGAAAGGAGAGAAGGUUAGCACUCCCCUUGACAAGGAUGGAAUUGGCCCUUGUGGCCAUCAACACACAUACGGUUAAGGCACUGCCACCUACUUCGUGGCAUCUCUGACCAUAUUUUUUUUCUUUAGUUAAAUAGUUGCUUUCUCUAAACGAUGCCGUGCUAUCUCUGACUAUCUCCAGUUAUUUAUUUAUCUCAAACCACGGCUCCUGUUUCCACCAUGUGCUUGAAUACCGGACGCAUGCCUGGAUAUCUUCCCAUGCCUUUGUUUCCGCUGGGUCGGGCAGGAUGGGGACUUUUAUUUUUCCUGUUGGCCUGUAGCACGUAGCUUGGUCUGCAGUCUAUCUCACAGAAGUAGUAGACUCAGUUUGUCGGAGUUAAAGUAAAAGUACAUUUAAAUGUUUAGAAAUUCCACCCACAGCUAUUCAUACAUAUUAUAUCCUAUAGUGUGGAAUUUUAUUUGUUCUUACCGUGCCUUCCUGACGACUAUAUAUUGAUAAGUUAGUUUCUAAUAAGUCAGUUUUAAAUACAGAUAAGCCAGUUUUAAAUACAAAAUCUGGCACUAAAUUAAUUUACCCCAAAAUGACAGGCAGAUAAAAUGGGAUGGUAUUUCUCAGGCUGUUUGUAAACAAUUUCAUUCAAAUGUAACAAAGAGCAUAACAGUAACUAUUAUGAUGGUGCUUUGUUAAACUGUAUUUUUCUGUGGUAUGGUGUUUAAACUUCAGGAUAUCAGAAGCCAAUACACAUUUAUGAAAACAUUUAUGCAACUUGCAUGGUUUUGUUGUUAUUCCUUGUACUCAACAAUUUUGUAAUAUUAUUCUAAAAGAAAAUAUUGAUAUUUCUGAUGGUUGUCAAUUAAUGUCUACUCAUUGAGGUCCAGUUGUGCCUGACAGUUUCUCACAUUCUGCGUGUACUGUGUUGUGAAAAAAAUGCCUUAAAUUUAGAAGUGCCAUCAUUUGUGGGAUUGAGACUUUUGUCUUUAUACAAUAAAAAAAAAACUUUCCAUGAAUAAACAGGACAAUAAACACA